UCGGUGUCGCAGCACUCAGAGUUCUCUACAACAAGUGAUCUGGAUUCAAAACAGAUAGGACAUACUGAAACGCUUUAAGCGCCUGAUAACUGUGAAGUAUGUCCUGCGUGAAGAUUCUUUUAUCCGUUUUCCUUUUUUCGAUGAGCUUCAAGCCCAAACUUCUGUUCGCUAAAGGAAAGAUCUCCUGCAAGGAUGCCAAAGGAAAGGACGUUGACUGGUUCAUCUUAUACAAGCUUCCAAAGACAAACCAAAACAAUAAAACAUAUCUGAAAUUGCAUGGAGGUGAAAUGGCGUAUUAUGACAGCACUUCAAAAACGCCAACAUGGACAUUGUUGCAAUCGGAUAUAUACCAUGACAUAAAGAACCCAGUUAAGGAGACGCUUAAACUCAUUUUUGGCAAAAAACCUGACAAAGGUGUCGCAUUGGUGGUAUACAAUGAUCAGCCACCGAAAAAUUUUAGUGGAACACGAGGGGGACAUUCGAAAGGCGUCCUCAUGGCCGGGAAAGGGAAGAACGUUGGCACAGUGUGGCUGCAGCACAGUGUUCCCAGGUUCUUGGAAGAUCUGGAACAAGGCUAUGUGUACCCAACCAGUGGACGAGAGAACGGACAGUUGUUUCUUUGCCUUUCAAUGAAGCUGGAGGCAGUUGAAGUAGUUGGAUUCCCAGAAGAAGCGCGGCGGCGAAGUGACGUGUCUGCUAGAUACCAACUUGGCUCAGCUCUUCAGAAGCACCAUCGCAGUAAGCACCAAAUGCGAAUAACUCAUGGCCACGCAGUCACGGCAGAGAGAAGAGAGUGUAGGACGCCGCCACUGCAGCAAAGCAACAGCACGGUGCGAAGUCCCAAGGGACCGGAAAUUUGUGUUCUCUGUACGGAAUAUAUCUGGAUUACGUAUAGACGCGUGUAAGGGCCGCACUUUUUUUACCAUUUUGACAAGGUGCGGCUCUUACAAGGGACUGAACCUUUUGGUGAAAAUGGUGCCUGUGCCGCCAGCGACUUCUGCGCACCCCGGAUCCCCGAAUGUACCAUUCCAUUACCGGUCAAUACGCACCUCUCGCCAUCUUGUAUAGGGGCACGCGGAAGUACUCAGCGCGCGCAAAUUGGCCGACGCGCGGGCGCGGCAUAGGGCCACCGAAAGCGAUUGCUUCUCUGGUGGAAUUUUUUCCCCCGAAUUUCUCUGCUGACGCGUUGGAAGUGCGGCCCUUACGUGGGUGCGGCCAUCGCGGCUAUGCGGGGACCUUCGAGGCAACAGCAAGCUCGUGUCGGUAGCAGUUAUCAUGAGUGUUUAAUAUUCAAGAAAAGAUUCCGUUUCCUCACAAAAUGCGAAGCAGUGACGCGAGAGCUGGCAAAAUGUGAUUCGCAAUAAGCCUUAGACUGUUUCAUGCGCUAUCAAUAGAUCGGUAAUUAUGCCGGAAUUUUGCAGCGAAGCAGUUCAAAGGAAGCUUUAGCUCCAGGCCUCCUAUAUAAAUACACGGAAAAGGAGAAAUCGAUUUCCUCGGCAACCACUGCACCCCAUUUGAUGAGAUUUGUUGUGUUUGUAAAGAAAAAGUUAAAAUCCAGUGACUGUUGGUUGCCAAUUUGUCAGUUAGGUCAUGAAUUUCUUUGUAAUAAUUGACAAAAAUCGCACUUUUCAGAAAACAAAACUAUCAGGUUUAUAACUCUGUAAUAACUAAGCAAUGAAGAUUGAUAUCCCAAUUAUGUCAAUUUCGCCCAAUAGUACGUAUAAGGCGGACAAAAUUGAUAUAGUAUAGAUGGCUCUCAAAUAGACCACUAAUUUGUGAAUAUAACUUUUCGCAAAAGCUUUGUAAACAAUCUACUAAAUUCACGUAAUAUAUAAAUUGACGUGUCAAAUGUGCACACAUUUGAUGCGCUCAAAGAUGCAGUUUGCAGAACUGCGAUGUCUGUUCUAGGUGCAGAGGUACAUUUUAAAACUUACUGCUUCUAUUUUUUUUUUCAAACCUACAAUUGAAAAAAAAAAUAAUUAAACAUUCAGACCCUAGAUCGAAAUUUCGCUUCGAACAGACACUAGAAUUUAAUUUUUCUCUCUCAAAUGGAGACAAAUUUCAUUCAAAUAGGCCGAGUGGUUAUCUCAAAAAAGCGUUUCUUCGUUUUACAUGUAUUUGAAUAGGUGGCAUCGGAAUUGGGCCCGAGAUAAAGCUUCCGUAACCUCUUUCGUGCGAUGGUUAAGGCUUACGUGCCCUGGCGUGGUCGAUAUCAAAUGUAAAUGUACUACGACGUAUGUAAGAGCUGGAACAGUACUUUGAAACGCAAUAUAAAUAACUACAAUAUAAAAAUUAUCGUGUCUAUUUGUCAUUACAGUAGACAACAACCAGUAUUCUGCCACUUUUGUUCCUCACGUGGCGUUAUAAUGGCUCAACGUUGGCUGUCAGCUUGGAGUUCGUACGGUUGCGAUAGUGAUAGCUGAUGUCGUGUGGUUCCAACGCAGCCUGCGUGGGGACCGUCAUGAUGACUUUGCGUUGAAAUCUACUUAUUGAUUAUUGUGAAAUAAAGGUUACCUUUUGC